AUGGAGAGGGGUGGGGGUCGGGUCCCUGGGUCUCUGGCCUGGGGAGGAUUCUGGGCACCGGACGUCGGAGUUCUUAGAAGGGGAGAUGAGGAGUUUUCACCGUAACUGUGGCUCACGCAGGAAGCCCUACAGAAUCCGGCCACAGGCAUGAGGGGCCCCCGGCAGAAAUGAUAGUGCUGGCGCCAGCCUGGAACCCAACUACCUCCCUGCUGCUGCUGCUGCUGCUCAGCCCUAGCCUCUCCAGGACCCAGGACUGCUCCUUUCGCCACAGCCCCAUCUCCUCCACCUUCAACAGCACCAUCCGCAAGCUUUCUGACUACUUGCUUCACGAUUACCCAGUCACUGUGGCCACCAACCUGCAAGACGACGAGCUCUGUGGGGCCUUCUGGCGCCUUGUCCUGGCCCAGCGCUGGAUGGGACGGCUCAAGACGGUGGCUGGGUCCCAGCUGCAAGACCUACUGGAGGCUGUCAACACCGAGAUAUACUUUGUCACCUCAUGUGCCUUCCAGCCCCUCCCCAGCUGUCUUCGCUUCGUCCAGGCCAACAUCUCCCACCUCCUGCAGGACACUUCCCAGCAGCUGGUGGCCUUGAAGCCCUGGAUCACCCGCCGGAAUUUCUCCAGGUGCCUGGAGCUGCAGUGUCAGCCAGCAGACUCCUCCACCCUGCUGCCCCCAAGGAGUCCCGGAGCCCUGGGGGCCACAUCCCUGCCGGCUCCUCAGGCCUCUCUUCUGCUCCUCUUGCUGUUGCUGCUGCCGGUGGCCCUUCUACUGCUGGCCUCUGCCUGGUGCCUGCACCAGCGAAGGAGACAGAGGACACCCUACCCUGGGGAGCAGCGGAGAAGGACACUGAGACCCAGAAAGAGGAGUCACCUGUCAGAGGACACAGAGCCGGAACUUGGAGGAAGUCAGCUAGAGCCUGGACCCUUCUUUGGCUGCACUGCCUCUGUCACUGUCUCCCCAGGAUGGAGGCAACGCCAGCACCCAGCACUGGCCCUGGCCCAACCCUCCCCACUCUGUACAAAGCCCUUGUCCCCAAGAAAUUGUAUAUAAAUCAUCCUUUUCUACCA